CAACGUCCCGCCCCCAGCACGGUGCGGAGUAGGAAGUAACCGGUAACCUUCACAAUCUGGGCCGGGAGCAGCGGAGAAGAAGACGGCGUAAGGGAGCUGUCAUGGUUCUUAUCAAGGAGUUCCGAGUUUGUUUGCCUGUAUCUGUGGAAGAGUACCAAGUGGGCCAGCUGUACUCUGUGGCAGAAGCCAGUAAGAAUGAAACAGGAGGAGGGGAAGGUGUCGAGGUACUUAAGAACGAACCUUAUGAGAAGGAUGGCGAGAAGGGUCAGUACACACACAAGAUUUACCACUUACAAAGUAAAGUGCCAACAUUUGUGAGGAUGCUGGCGCCUGAGGGAGCACUGAACAUACACGAGAAAGCAUGGAAUGCUUAUCCCUACUGCCGGACAAUAAUUACGAACGAAUACAUGAAGGAUGAUUUUUUGAUUAAAAUUGAAACUCAUCAUAAACCAGACAUGGGAAACCUAGACAAUGUACACAAACUAGAGCCAGAUGUCUGGAAGAAUGUGGAAGUGGUUCAAAUUGAUAUUGCAGAUCGCUCGCAUGUUCUCUCCAAGGAUUACAAACCCGGGGAAGACCCCGCAAAAUUUAAGUCUGUAAAGACUGGUCGUGGACCCUUAGGCCCAGAUUGGAAGAAAAAUCUGGCACAGCAUAAGGACUGUCCACACAUGUGUGCAUAUAAGCUGGUGACUGUAAAGUUCAAAUGGUGGGGCCUACAGAACAAAGUGGAAAGCUUUAUACAAAAGCAAGAGAGGCGUCUGUUUACAAAUUUCCAUCGUCAACUUUUCUGUUGGCUUGACCGAUGGGUGGACCUAACAAUGGAAGACAUUCGUAGGAUGGAAGAAGAGACAAAGAAGGAACUGGAUGAGAUGAGAGAGAAGGAUCCAGUGAAAGGAAUGAUGGCUGCUGAUGACUAACAGUAAAGUGCUGGGCUCAUUUUGGAGUUUAAGUGACCAACGGGUUGCCUCUGUGCUUCGGUGUCCUGAACAGCUCACUCGUGGAUCAAGCCCUACUCUGUUUUGGCAGACAAUUUUAACCCUCUCGUAGUUAAUUUUAGGCAACCUUCAAUAUUGUGAGCUAGUAGUCCUAUAAAAAGCAAGCACUAAGAUUCUCACACCUGUGUGAUAAAGGGGCUCACUCCUCAGGUGCAUUGUGUAUAUAUCAUUGUAUUAAAAUGCUCUCCUUAUAUUUGCAUUGUCUUCAGCUCAUUUUACAUUGAGCAUCUAUUUAAUUUAAAUGUCCUUUUACGAAAAACAGCAUCUUGUGAUAAUUGUGUAUUGCAAAUGGUUUUAGUUGCAGUUGAUAAAAUGCAUUCCGCUAUUUCUUGUUUGAGAGCAAGGAAUAGAACGCAUAUUUAACAAACUAAUUGCACUAAAGCCCUUGGUAAUGUUAUUGUGAAACAUAAAGCAAUCAAAGGGCUUUAGUGAUAUGCUUAACCUUUUAGAAAACAAUCCUCAUUUAACAAUCAUUUGGAGGCAUCAGGCAAUUUAAAAUGUCACAUUGCAUAGGCUUUUUUUUAUUUCCAGCGAUCCAAAGCUGAAAGGAUAUGUAAUAAUAUGAAAUAUCAACUAUCUAUGGGAAAUAUGCCCAGUUUAAAUAAACCAGCAGUUGUGCAAUAAUAGCAGUAUAUCUUUUACACCUGAUGUCAUCCAUCUUUUUAAUGUUUAUAAUGUUUCAGUUUUUAGAUAGUGGAUGUGAUUUUCUUUGCUUUGAGGAGUGGAAUAUAUGUAAAAUCAUUUUUUGUAAUAAAAUAGCCUUCAGAAAGCAUAUUUAUGGGAAAAAAAUAAAUAUUUAUUUUAUUUGAUUUAAAAAUAUUCCAAUGUGAUUAAAAAAAACAGUCUUACAGGUUUUAGAUGUAUGUUCAUUAUUAUUAUUAAUCAAACUCCUUUAUAUAAAAAAAUAGUCCAGAAGUAUAAUCAUUUAAAGGGGCAGUCUACUUGAAAAUGUGUAUUGUUUAAAAAGAGACAUAAUCCCUAUAUUACCCAUUCCCUAGUUUUGCAUAACCAGCAUAGUUAUAUUGAUAUACUUUUUACCGAUGAUUACCUUGUAUCUAAGCCUCUGCAGGAUGGCCCCUUAUUUCAGUUAUUUUGACAGAUUUGCAUUAUAACGAAUCAAUUCCCUCUCAUAAAUAACUACACAGGAGUGAGCACAAUGUUAUCUAUAUGACAAACAUGAACUAGCACUGUCUAGCUGUGAAAAACUGUAAAAUGCACUGAGAUAAGAGGCGGCCUUCACGGGUUUAGAAAUUAGUAUAUGAGCCUACCUAGGUUUAGCUUUCAACAAAGACUACCAAGAUAACAAAGCAAAUUGGAAAGUUGUUUAAAAUUGCCUGCUUUAUCUGAAUCAUGAAAGUUUAAUUUCGACUUGACUGUCCCUUUAACUCUGGUUAUGAACUGAAUGUCACCAAACCUAGAGUAACACUUAGCAUUUAUUACUCCAGGAUGUCUAUCCAGCAAGCAUAAGUAAUCAAAUAACAUGGGUUCAGUUCUUCCUUUGCACUUCUGCAAGUAAAUUGUGAUGCAAGACUGAUAAACUGAUCUAGUGUAUAAAAAUGUAGCACUGACAAUGUCGUCUUUUUAAUGUUAUUGUGUAAAAUGAUCACCUAUUGCCAUGUUGUCUGUAGAGGUCAUCAUUACCCCAUUGGUAUAACGAUUGCAGUUAUAGGCACUAUCUGCUAGAUUCUGUAUAAAAAAGUGAAAUCUUUUUUUUUACCCAAUGCCGACAGCAGACAAGUGCUUUUAAUGAGAGAUUUAAUGCACUGUGGAACUGUGGCAUAAUUCCUGCCAGAUAGUAAAAAGAAAGGAUUUAUUCUAGCAGUAGUGCACCAGCCAGACAUAGAACUACUGAAGUGUUAGUUUUAUUAAUAUAUAGCAGAGGAUUAUCAGUUAAGAAAACUCAUUUUCAUAUAUAGAAAUUAUUUAUAGACCAACAAAAAGCCAUGCUGCAUUUUAGCACUGCAAUGUUAAAUGAACAUUAAAGUCAAACUUUAAUUACCCAUAAAAUGUUUAAUUAAAGAGAAUAAAACAAUAAUCUAUCUGGUAUUAUCUUAGCUCAGAGCACCAGUUGAUUUACAUUUGUCUGACUGUGGCAACGCAAAACAGGAACAUGAUUUCCACCAGAAUUUUAAAGACUAUAUACUUGAACUGUCCUUGAGUUGCUAAACCUAUUUAAUUGCUCUAACAUAAUCUAUUAUUAUUAUUAUCAGUUAUUUGUAGAGCGCCAACAGAUUCUGCAGCACUAAAUUCAUUUUAACAGCUCUUUUGCAAUGCCAUGCGUAAUUACUUAAAUGUGCUAUGUCUAUUUAAAAACGACUUUAAUGUCCCUUUAAUCUGCUUUUAUAAUUUAUGUAUAGCUAUUUUGUGCAGUGCUUAAACAACCUAAAAAGGAACCCUAUCUUCCUUGCCCCUUUCUGUAUAAAAGUAUGUUAAAGACAGUAAUUUCUGGUAUAUUUAGAGCUUUAUUUAUAGAAGAAACUCUUACAACUGCUCUUUAUGCCCUGGUUGUCAUCUUUAUGAGUCAGUGCUAAUUUAAUGAGAUGGAAGAAUAAACAAAGCAAAAAUGGUGCUGGAUAGUUGUAAGAAUCCUAAUGUGUUUUGUGUUCAUUUCCUGCUGCUGCCACAGCCGCAGUGCUGCUCAGAAGACUGUUCAGAACUUGUAACUGUUCCUAUUAUCACUUUCUCUAAGAAGUGGUCUUGUUUCUCACACAACUUCAGGGUACAAACUCACACUGUUUUAUCCCAAGCUGCUGCCGACACCUCUUUUGUAUCAUGCAUAACCUCAGCUGCAAUCCAGACAAGUUUUGAUUGAUAACAUUAUUCCUUUUGAAAUGAGAACUAUUUGUAGACUUGCCUAGAUUAUAUUGUUGUUUUCUUUUAUGUGAGUUUGUGCCUUUUUUUGUCUAAUUCCAAUGCAGGUAUAUUGGAAAUAAAUAUUAUAGAAGACUC